CAUCUACUAAGGUCGUUCAACCAACUAAACGAAAAGCUUCAGAAUUCAGUUUUAAUUGCUUGCGGCGGUAGUUUUGAAAUUCUGGAGUAAUGGAAGAAUUGAAGUCAGGCAUAGGUCACGAACUCUACACGAAAUUUUAAAAUUAAGUCUAUAUAUUAUUUGUAUUAAGAGGCAGUAAUUUUCCCCACUCAUAAAAAUCAUACCUGCUGAUUUUUUGUGCUCUCGAUGUGAAGAUGGAAACUAAAAAAGGAAAUUAUGCAGCGAUUGCUGUUUGCCUCCUGGCGCUGUUGUUCACAUGCUCGGCUGAAGAUGGAGAUCGCAGCGAUGACGCGCGUCUCUUCGCGGCUAUAAGAACCUUAACACAGUUGUCGUUCGUCAGCACCACGACUACGGUGCCCUACACCUGUCACCUGAGUCUGAACACGCAAGCUUGCAGGAAAAGAAGACGCUUCAGGAAAGCCCUCGACCUUCCCAAAGAGCGGUCCGACAAGAUCCCUUACAGGUCCGAUCUUGACAUCGUCGGCUCGUUCGCGGACAAUCACGCAAUUGCGGACACCGAUGAUAACGAAGGAUCGCGAGACCCAAAGCUGGCAUUAACUUUAUGGCAGUCGUUCACGUCCACCUACACUAUCGCCGUUACAACUACUAACCUCCUCAGUACUUUCUCUGUAUCUUUCUUCUGCAGCAUCGUUGGAGGAAAUUUCCCUCCUGCGUGUUAAACAAUUAUAGGCAAAAAAAAAUUACUCGCAUAGUCCUGUCGUGAUUUGUUGGGGAACCGUACUACAUUGGUAUAUAAUAACUUCUUAAAUUGCAUGCUAUAUGAUGUGCAAUAUUAAUUCUCUGGAAAUUCUAGAAUUUGCUAUGACAUAACACGCAUAGAAAAUAACGAGUGAUCUGCUGCGAAUCUAGAUGACAACCCUUUCUUUUUUUUGUUACAAUGCACGCAUGCUUAAUUUUAUUAUCACACUAUUUCCCACGCUAAUCUGUAGAGCCACACUUCCAGAUCCGUCAGUAGAAUAAUCAUCAUAUUCAAAUUUUCGGUAUAUACCUUGUGUUAAGGAGUCACUAAUAAAAAUAAAACUGCAUACUAAAUUUUGCGAUUUUUCAUUUUUUGUCCUAAGACUUUUUCCACUCGAAUUUCUAUACAUGAAUUUGAGUAACAAUUAAGAGGACGGUAGCUGGAUAUAAAUGUUGCUGGAUAUAAAUAUAAAAAUUGGACUUUCAAAGACACUUUUUAAAAACCUGCUUGAACUAUCGGUUUUGAAUUCUUUUUUCAUGUUCAAUGGGAAAUUUUAUCAACAGUGUGAGGGUCUUGGCAUGGGUCUACCAUUAGGGCCAACUUUUGCAAAUAUUUUUAUGUGCCUCCACGAAACAAUAUGGUUAAAUGACUGCCCUAUUAGCUUUAAACCUGUUUUUUACAAAAGGUAUAUAGAUGACACUUUUUUACUCUUUCGAUGCCAAUCUCACGUAUCUUUAUUUCUAAAUUAUCUGAAUAGUAAACAUACGAAUAUCAAGUUUACCAUGGAACCUGAAGUAGAAAACAAAUUAUCAUUUUUAGACUGUUUGUUUCAUAGAGAUGGCAAUAGUUUUAAAUGUUCUGUUUUUAGAAAGAGUUCAUUUUCUGGUUUAGGACUCAGUUUUUACAGUUUCUGUACCUCUAGGUUUAAAAUAAAUUCUGUGAAGACAUUGUUGUCCCGAG